AUGGCUGUUGCACACGGGGAAACGGAGCCACUGCUGGCCAACUCAAUCAGAGAGGUGCCCGCGCCUCGGGAUUCGAGCUCGAAGAAGCUGUUGGUUAUCGUGGUAUGCUCCGUCCUGAUUGUGGCCGUGGAUUUUGGGUUUUUCAUGGGAACGGCGCCUCAGACGGCCAUUUUCGAGGAGAUUAUCUGUCGCAAUUAUGGUCUGCAGCCUCGCACUUCCAGCGCGACGAGGGGGGGGGUAGAUCCGUGUAAAUCGGAGUUGGUACAAGGGGAAUUGGCCCUCGUUUUGGGUUAUAAAGACACGUUCGAUGUGCUGCCAGGGAUCUUGCUGUCACUCCCGUUCGGCGUUCUGUCAGAUCACUGGGGCCGCAAACCCGUGCUAUGUCUGAGUUGCCUGGGACUGCUCCUGAGUGAAACGUGGGUGAGGGCCGUCUGUUACUUCGCCGACUAUUUGCCUCUUCGUACGGUCUGGCUUUCCGGACUAUGGCGCAUGAUUGGCGGCGGCGAACAAGUAGCUGUCAGUAUGUGCUUCGUCAUGAUCGCCGACGUCUUUUCCGAGGAAGAAAGAUCAGUUGCGCUCUUCCGUCUGCAGUCCAGCGCUCUCGUCGCAGAAGUAUUGGCCACCCCACUCAGCGCCUCUUUAAUGACAUUGGGGCCCGCCUUUCCAUUUGUCUUAGGUUGGGUUAUUGAACUGGCCGGCUUCCUUCCCGUCUUCCUCCUGCCGGAGACGCUCGAAGACGCCAAGGCGACAAGACUGAGCCAGCAGAAGGCGAACUCCAACACCACUGAUUCGGAGACUGACAUUGAGCCGACCGACCCAUUAGACAAGGCCGUGCUGCCGGAGCUCCUCCGCCAGAUACGCGAAUUCAUCGAGUCCACGCAGUUCAUCUGGCGCGACUGGAAUAUUUGCCUGCUGAUUCUCACCAUGUUCGUCGGGGUCAUGUCCCGCCAGUCUACCAACAUGCUCCUCCAAUAUUCGUCCAAGAAGUUCAACUGGAGCAUUGCACGGGCUAGCCUUCUGAUCUCAUUGCGGGGGAUCUUCCAAAUCGUCAACUUCCUCAUCCUGAUGCCGGUUCUGACCUUCCUCGCCGCCAGAUACUAUAACCUGCACGGGAAAGACCGAGAUUACCGAUUAAGUCAGGGCAGCGGCAUCCUUUCAAUCAUUGGCUUCGCCGUCGUGGGCCUUGCCCCAGUCCCGGUCCUCCUGAUCUGUGGCCUCGUCUUUCUGUCGCUAGGCUCGGCAUUCAUGAUCAGUACCCGCAGUCUAGCCACGUCCCUCGUAGUACCCGAUCAUGUUGGCACACUGUACUCGGCCAUUGGCAUCUCACAGUCCAUCGGCACGUUCAUUGCCGGCCCUUUAUUCGCCUAUCUGUUCAAGCUAGGGAUGCAUCUUGGCAAUGCAUGGAUGGGAAUGCCGUUUCUGCAGGGAUCCCUUUUCUACGUGGUCGCUACGGUCGCCGUGUGGCGAGUUCGGAUGGGCCGAUCGACCAGAGAGGAAGAAGAGGAGGAGCAAUUGGUAUCGGAAUAG